AUGGACACUAGCUCAGCAGUCCAGACUCCACUGGAGCCUAGCCCAAAUCUUGAUUUGUCUGGAUCUAUAAUUGUCAAAGAGAAGCCAUAUAGAGAGUUAAUUGGAAGCCUGAUGUAUGCAACUAUGUUUACAAGACCAGACAUUUGUGUCGCAGUCAACCUGUUCAGUCAAUUCCAGACAAAUGCAACAGAAAUUCAAUGGAAAGGAUUAAAAAGGAUCUUAAGAUAUUUACAGGGUACACCCAAAUUAGGUAUCUGGUUUAAAGGGAAUUCUAAUUAUCCAUUAGUCUUGUAUGUUGAUGCUGAUUUUGCUAACAAUCCAGGAAGGAAGUCUAUCUCGGGCUUUGUGAUUGAAAUGUUUGGAGACCCUGUACUUUGGGCAACCAGGAAACAAAACUCUGUCGCCUUAUCGUCAACUGAAGCUGAAUUUGUUUCAUUAGCCACUGGUGUGGCUGAAUUGCUGUGGCUAAAACAACUCCUGAAAGAUUUAGGUGUACCAGUUACAGAACCUAUUCCUGUGUUUGAAGAUAAUCAACCCUGUAUUCAUGCUCUAGAGUCUUGGGAAACGAAACGUUUAAAACAUGUUGAUGUAAAGUACAAUUUUGUGAAAGAUCUGCAUCGUUCCAAAAUUAUAAAUGUUAAAUAUAUACCUACUGGUGAACAGAAGGCUGAUAUAUUCACUAAAGGACUUCCAUUUGAACUGUUCAAGAAGCAUAGAAUUAAUAUAGGGAUGUGUGAACUGUCUACUUAA